AUGAAAAAACGUAGUAUCACGGUCACCAUCGUGAAGCCAAGAAACCCUGCUCUUUUGCUGAAGAAAAUUAUUCUUUCUGGCGAUGAGCUUCUCUCUAACUCAUUCCCAUAUAAGGAAAUCGAGAAUGGGAUGCUGCGAGAAGUAGAAGGAAAGUGGGUCGUUCAAGAGCAACCUCCUUUCGACAAAAAACAGUUCAUAGCAUACGUAAAGAAAUAUAUCAACAACUUGAUCCCCAAGCUUCCUGAAGCUGAGAAACAAGAGCAGUUCAAGAAGGGUAUUGAAGGAGCUACAACCUUGGAAGUGAAAAGGUUGCAGCAGGAGAUACAGAGGAACAACCGAACUUAUUUGAGGCAACGAGUGCCGUUUUUUCACAACCAACCACCGGAUCAUAUUUGUAUAUAAAAUUGAGAUCUCGUAGGAUCAUUAGUGUAGUAGGUUUCUCCUUCGAAUUGGAUUUGCAUGUUCAGAUUACUAUGUGCCAUUAAUAAAUAUUUGUUAUUCAGUAA